UGAGGUCCGAGGCGAUUCAUGCUCUAAAUCGUUCGGAUAAUGGACCCUCCUGUGGCGAGAUCGAGGGGUAGGCCGAGGAAACGGAGGCGAAACGAGGACGAAAACAUUGCUCUGGGCCCCAACACCAAGAACCAGGCCGUUGAGAGAAGACCCGUGGCUUUGGUGGGGCGGUACGUGCUGAAGGAAUUCCGUGGCAGUGGGGUUUUUCUUGGGAGAGUUUUGCAUUACGACCAGGGAUUGUAUAGGGUCGAUUACGAGGACGGGGACUGCGAGGACUUGGAUAGCGGCGAGGUUCGUGGAUUUAUUUUGGGAGAUAGUGACUUCGACGCUGAUUUGAUUAGAAGGAAGAAGAAGUUAGAUGAAUUACUAUCGAAAAUUAGUGCAAACAGUAAGAGCCAAUUCGAGAAGGAAGGGUACGGCUUGACAAAUGGAGCGGAUAAGAUUGAUACAUCCACAUUAAGUGAGAUGGGUGGUGGGGUGGCAAUUGAAAAUGAUGGGGCGAUUGAAGGCUAUGAAGAUUCUUCGAGUGAUUCGAGUGAGUAUGCGAGGGACGGCGAUUUGGGGUUCAAUGUAGAGACCCCACCCAUCCCACCACCGGAGUUGCCACCUUCUUCAGGAACUGUAGGUGUGCCGGAGCAAUAUGUUUCCAAUCUUUUCUCUGUUUAUGGUUUCUUGCGGUCCUUCAGCAUCCCCUUGUUUUUGAGCCCAUUUUCUUUAGAUGAUUUUGUUGGGUCGCUUAAUUGUUGUGUUCCAAACACAUUGUUGGAUGCUGUUCACGUUGCUUUGAUGCGUGCAUUGAGGCGUCAUCUUGAAACACUCUCAUUGGAUGGCUUGGAGCUUGCCUCGAAAUGCUUGAGGUGCGUUGAUUGGAGCUUGCUCGAUACAUUGACUUGGCCCAUUUACCUGGUCCACUAUUUAACAAUUAUGGGACACACAAAGGGACCUAAGUGGAGAGGAUUUUAUGAUGAGGUUUUGGUUAGGGAGUAUUAUUGCCUACCUGCAGGUAGGAAGUUAAUGGUUUUACAAAUACUGUGUGAUGAUGUCUUGGAGUCAGCUGAGAUAAGAGCUGAGAUUGACAUGCGUGAAGAAUCAGAAGUUGGAUUAGAUUAUGACACAGAAGCAACCAAUUCUCACGAAAAUGGGCCUAGAAGGGUCCACCCCAGAUAUUCCAAAACUUCUGCUUGCAAGGGCAGAGAAGCUAUGGAGAUUAUUGCAGAAACCCACAACACAAAGUCAUUGGGUAACUUAAAUUAUUCAGGUUUCAAAGGUACUAAAGACAAUGUGGAUGCUGCUGAUGUCGAUGUGGAUAGAAAUAGUGAUGAAUGUCGGCUUUGUGGCAUGGAUGGGACCUUGCUUUGCUGUGAUGGGUGCCCAUCAGCAUACCAUUCAAGGUGUAUAGGUGUGAUGAAAAUGUUUAUACCGGAAGGGCUCUGGUACUGUCCAGAGUGCACUAUUAAUAAGAUUGCACCGAAUAUUGCAAUUGGAACAUCACUUAAAGGUGCAGAAAUAUUUGGCAUCGAUUUGUAUGAGCGGAUCUUCUUGGGUGCUUGCGACCACCUACUGGUGCUUAGGGAUUCUAUAGAUACAGAACCAUGUUUCAAAUAUUACAAUCAGAAUGACAUUCCAAAGGUCCUGCAAGCUCUUUGUUCAUCCGUGCAACAUACAUCUUUAUACUGGGUGUGUAAGGCAAUUUUGCACCAUUGGUCUAUUCCUGAAAGUGUCUUACCUCUUCCAAUAAUGAAUGAAGUGUGUAUAAACUUGGCCCAUAUAAAGGAUAAUGCACAACUUCCUACCCUCUUAUUCCCUCCUGGCAAGGAAGUAGGGAGAGUUCCUAAUAUGCUUGAGGCAGGGAAUUUUGUGUAUAAUGAAAACAAAAGCAGCACAGAUAAUGUGGGAACAUCAUGUCUCAAGGCCUCAGAUGAGAAUACUCGGACUGAACUUUCUGAAUCUCAUGGUGGUGGUGACAGAAUGCAACAUGAAUGCACACUUAUGGAUAUGAACCUAACUGAGAGGAUGAAAAUUGAGUCUGAAAUUUCUAAUGGUUCAAAAAGACAUCGAGCCAAUACAUCUGACUUAACCCACCAAAGUUUGGUUGACAGAUCAGAUGCAGUAGACCUUACUACAUGCACCUCCAGAAACAGCAAUGGAAGUUGUACUAGGUAUGUGAAUGGUAUGUGUUUUCCUGUGAAUUUGGUCUCUCAAAGCAAAGAAGGUAAUCAAGCAAGUUCCGGAAAGAGUGACAACAAUUCAGUUGUUGACUUUUUAUACUUGGGGUCUUUCCAUAAACCUCAAGCAUACAUCAAUAAUUACAUGCAUGGAGAGUUUGCUGCGUCUGCCUCUGCUAAACUAGCUGUUCUUUCAUCAGAGGAAACUCGGGUUUCCGAGGGUCAUGCUUCGGAAAACUCGAGGAAAGUUGCAUCUUCCAACAAUUUUUUACAGGCAAAAGCAUUCUCAUUAACAGCCUCUCGUUUCUUCUGGCCAAGUUCUGAAAAGAAGCUUGUGGAGGUUCCAAGGGAGAGGUGUGGUUGGUGUCUUUCUUGUAAGGCCUCUAUUUCAAGCAAGAGGGGAUGCAUGUUAAACCAUGCUUGCCUGAGUGCCACAAAAGGUGCUAUGAAGAUCCUUGCGGGCCUUCGUCCCGUUAAUAGUGGAGAAAGGAAUCUUGCCAGCAUCGCAUCGUACAUUUUAUACAUGGAGGAGAGUUUACAUGGUCUGAUCGUUGGUCCCUUUCAGAGUGCUAGUUACAGAAAGCAAUGGCAUAAACAAGUAGAGCACGCUUCAACUUGCCGUGCAAUAAAGGCUCUGUUACUUGAACUUGAGGAACACAUUAGCAUCAUUGCUCUUUCUGGGGACUGGGUUAAACUGGUGGAUAGUUCGUUAGUUGACUCUUCUAUGGUUCAAAAUGCAACAUGCACUGUUGCAACAACACAGAAACGUGGACUUAGUGGAAGGCGAAGCAGAAAGCAGUCUGCUGCCUCUGAAGUGACAGCUGAGGGUUGCCUUGACCAAAGUUUUGUCUGGUGGCAAGGCGGGAAGCUAUCGAAGCUUAUAUUUCAGAAAGCAAUUUUGCCACGCUUGGUGGUCAAAAAAGCAGCUCGCCAAGGUGGUUGGAGAAAGAUUUCUGGCAUUGAUUAUGCUGAUAGUUCUGAGAUUCCUCGAAGAAGCAGGCGGUUGGUUUGGAGAGCUGCUGUUGAAAUGAGUAAGAAUGCAUCACAGCUUGCAUUUCAGGUCAGAUACUUGGACUUUCAUUUGAGAUGGAGUGAUUUUCUUCGGCCUGAGCAGAACCUUCAGGAUGGAAAGGUACUAGAUACAGAAGCUUCUGCUUUCAGAAAUGCUGUCAUUUGUGCUAAAACAAUCGUGGAAAACAAGAUCAGAUAUGCAGUUGCUUUUGGGAACCAAAAGCAUCUUCCUUCACGUGUCAUGAAGAAUGUCAUUGAGAUUGAGCAAAGUCAAGAUGGAAAAGACAAGUAUUGGUUUUCUGAAUCUCGCAUUCCUUUAUACUUGAUCAAAGAGUAUGAAGAAAGUUCUGAUAAAGUACCCUUGCUCUCUGGUGAGGAGCCCUUGGAUUUAUCAAUCAAGUUACAAAGAAGGCGCUUGAAAGCUUCCCGUCGAGAUAUAUUUUUCUAUCUUAUUUGCAAGAGAGAUAAAUUGGACGUGUGCUCUUGUUCCUCGUGUCAGCUGGAUGUUUUAAUUGGGAAUGCGGUCAAGUGCGGUGCAUGCCAAGGUUAUUGUCAUGAAGGCUGUACCAUGAUUUCAACAAUGUGUAUGAAUGAGGAAGUUGAGUUCUUGAUUACAUGCAAGCACUGUUACCAUGCAAAGGAUUUUGUUCAGAAAGAAAUCAGUAAUGAAUCUCCGAGCACUCCCCUGGCAUUGCAAAGGCGAGAUUGCCCUAACUUGACUGCAGCCACUAAGGGCAGAAGGCAUGCAUGUAAUAAUCAAUCAUUAGCAUCUAUCAGAACUCAACAUACUAGUUCUGAGUUGAAGCACACUGCUUCUAAUUCUAGUUUGGCAAAUAAAAGCCGCCGCCGGACGUGUUUGGGUGUUAUAUGGAAGAAGAAAAACUCUGAAGACACAGGCAUUGAUUUCAGGCUUAAAAAUAUUCUUUUGAAGGGAAGUUUGGAUGUCCAUCGGUUGGAACCUGUUUGUCACUUGUGCCAUAAGCCAUAUAGGUCUGAUCUUAUGUAUAUUUGCUGUGAAAUUUGCCAAAAAUGGUACCAUGCUGAAGCUGUCGAACUUGAAGAGUCAAAAAUUUUCGAUGUAACAGGCUUCAAGUGUUGCAAGUGUCGUAGGAUAAGGUCACCAUUGUGUCCUUAUGCGGACCUUAAAGACAAUCUGCCCGAGGGCAAGAAAACACGCUCAAGGGAUAUGAAGCAAGGGCAUGUAAGAGGAGACUCUGAUUCUGGAAUGAUUUCUGAAUUUGAGUGUGAACCUGCAAAAUCGGUACUUCUCACAGGGGAAGUUUUGGGACGAGAAUUUGUAGAGUGUGAACCUGGGACUCCAUCGUUUCCCAUGGCGGAAACAUCAAAACAGGAAUAUGAUCCUCUUCUUUUCUCUCUUUCCAGAGUUGAGUUAAUUACACAGCAUGAUUCAGAAGUGGAUGAAUGGAAUACUGCUUCUGGGCCAGGGCCGCAAAAACUUCCUGUCAGGAGGCAAGUGAAGCGUGAGGGGGAUGUAGAUGGCUUAUCUGGAAGUAAUCUUUCUCAUGCUGAACUAUCCACACACCUUGAAGUGAAUAGCUUGAAACCUACACAGAGAGCAUCGUCUCCUCAAGCGGAGUGGGAUGUUGAAAGUGAGAUGAUGUUAGACUAUCAAGGUUUUAAUUAUGAAGAUAUGGAAUUUGAACCCCAAACCUACUUCACUGUUACAGAGUUGCUGGAGUCUGAUGACGUUGGCCCAUUUGAUGGAGUUGAUACAGCUGGGAAUUGGUCAGGGUGCUUGGAAAAUCCCUCUGAUAGAAUUUCACAAGAAGUCCCUGAACAGUAUAGAAUGGCGGAUACUUUAAGUAAUCAUUCAGAACCUGAAAAUUCUGCAAACCCUACUGUUAAUAUGGUGCAUUGUCAGAAGUGUUUGCAUACAGAACCAGCCCCUGAUGUUUCUUGUGAGAUAUGUGGGUUACAGAUACACAGAAACUGCUCACCUUGGGUGGAAUUAUCAUCUGGGGAAGGCAGUUGGAGGUGUGGCAAUUGCCGUGAGUGGCGGUAGCUAAUCUAGUUGUUCUUUCAAGAUUUUGGUUUUAUAGUCUGCUCUUAGCUAGUCAAUUUCGAAGGGAGAUCUCUCAGGUGAGAUAGUUGCGUACUGAACCGCAUUUGGCAAUAUUGAUGACGGGAAAGAUGAGAAUGGGAAAGUUCAGUCUCCAUUCUUGUUGAACCUUGGAGAAAUUUUGUUAAUGCCAUGGCCGAUGUUUCAAUGGCCUAGCAGUUCCUACUGCUUCCUGACAACUGCUCUUUUUUUUGAUGAUCCAGUUUCUCAUUGGUAAGUUUGGAAGAUUGGCUAUUUGAAUGUAGGAUUGCUGGGUUUGAUCAUGAUAGGAGGUCGCAAAUUACUAUUUAAAAUGGUUAAUUUGUUCCCUAACCAAUUACGGGGAGUUGCAUCAUUUUACAAACUACAGAAGUAUUCCAAUUAUCUUGGAAGAUAAGCAGGCCUUUUUUUGUGCUUGUCUCAUUGAAUUGCUUGUAUAAAUCAUAGAUUUAUUUUUAUAUAUAUAUAUUUUUAUAUAUAAAAUUUUGCAA